AUGGCUAUUCUUCUCUCGAAUCCUCAAUUCUGUACAAAAGACACUUUCUUUUCAGUUUUCUCUAUAUUGUUUGACCUGUUUCUUGAUCUUUUCUGUUGUUAUUCUAUUACAGUAAGCAAGGAUGGGAAAGAUGAAGAUACUAAUAACAACCUCCCAUCAUCAUCAUCCUUGCCAUCAAAGUCUCAAACUUCAGAGAUUAACCAAGCACAAGAAGAAGAAAACUCACCUGUCAAACAAGUUGCUUUAACAGUACCUACAACGGAUGACCCUUCUCUACCAGUCCUAACUUUCAGAAUGUGGGUGUUGGGCACUCUUUCAUGUGUCCUGCUAUCAUUUCUCAACCAGUUCUUUUGGUACAGGACGGAGCCUUUAUCCAUAACUGCUAUAUCUGCUCAGAUUGCUGUGGUGCCUCUUGGUCAGUUAAUGGCUGCAAGAAUCACUGACCGUGUCUUCUUUAAAGGAACUCGAUGGGAAUUCACCUUGAAUCCAGGACCUUUCAAUGUCAAGGAGCAUGUUCUUAUCACUAUCUUUGCCAAUUCUGGAGCUGGCAGCGUUUAUGCCAUUCAUAUUGUUACAGUUGUUAAGGCUUUUUAUAAGAAAAAUAUCACAUUCUUCGUGUCAUUCAUUGUUAUACUCACAACUCAGGUGUUGGGGUUUGGAUGGGCUGGGAUAUUUAGAAGGUAUUUGGUGGAACCUGCUGCUAUGUGGUGGCCAGCAAAUCUUGUUCAAGUUUCAUUGUUCAGAUAUCCACCAUCGAAAGUAGAGAAGGGUUCUGGCGGGGAGGGGUACAAGUAG